ACCUGCAUUAAAACCCACACUGUGGAUGCAGCAUUUCCUGCCUAAAUAAAAAGUUCUAUCUAUCUAAUUAUUAUUUUGAUUGCCUUUACCCACUGUACUAAUAAUGGCUACGCUUCUGAGGAGAGCGUUCAUGGCGACUGCUAAGCCUGUCAGAAUAGGGAUGUACAACACAGCAUCACUAUCCACACAAGCUACUGCUUAUGAGACACUCCUCGUGACACACCCCUCACCAUACGUUACCAAGGUUACCAUCAAUAGACCAGACAAGAGCAACGCUAUGAACACUGCAUUUUGGACGGAAAUCAAAGAAUGUUUUGAUAGCCUCUCUGUGGAUCCAGACUGCCGAGUUGUCAUGGUUACCGGGGCUGGCAAAAACUUUACCGCAGGACUUGAUUUGGUCGAUUUUGCUGGAAAGUUUUCUGAGUUUUCCGGUGAAGGAAGUGAUGUUGGUAGGAAGGCUAUGGCAGUGCGCCGCAUGGCCAAGCCAAUGCAAGACUCCUUCACUGCCUUAGAGAAGUGCUCUAAGCCGGUGAUAGCUGUGAUUCACGGUGCAUGUGUGGGCGGAGGGGUUGACAUGGUUACAGCGUGUGAUAUUAGACUUGCUUCUCAAGAUGCUUUCUUCCAGAUAAAGGAGGUUGAACUAGGUCUGGCUGCUGAUGUGGGGACUCUGCAGAGACUGCCUAAGGUGGUAGGGAAUGACUCCCUGGUCAGAGAGUUGGUCUACUCAGCACGGAGGUUCACUGCACAAGAAGCACAUGCAAUAGGAAUGCUCAGUGAUGUGUAUGAGAGUAGGGAAAGUGCUGAGUCAGCAGGUCUGUCACUAGCGGAGACAAUUGCUAGCAAGAGCCCGGUGGCCGUUCAGGGGUCAAAGGUCAACCUGGUGUACUCUCGUGACAACACUGUGGAUAAUGGUCUAGAGUAUGCGUUGACCUGGAAUAGCGCCAUGCUGCAAUCAGAGGAUCUCUUAAAAGCUGCUCAAGCUGCCAUGACGAAGGAAACACCAGUCUACUCUAAACUAUAGUCUAGACUAUGAACAGUGUGUCUGUGCAUGUGUGUAUAGUGCGUUGUGGUGUGUGAUGAGUUACUGAAAUAGACCGCGGCCAAUCUGAGGACCAUAAUUAGAGCCGCGGCUAAAUCCA